CCUAUCCGAGCUAGGACAACUCAAUACAUUACAUGAGAAUAUGAGAUUAUGAGAAUAGAGAAAAUCCCUUCCCAAGUCCCUACCGGAAUAGAAGCACAAAUCAACCAUAACGCCAACUACAAAUUACUUAAAACGUCCGAAUAAGAAAUUAACCCAUCCCUCUUUCUUUCUUUCUUUCUUUCUUUCUCCUCCCAUCUUGUUCACCUACCCAAAAACUCAUCAAAAUUCCCUGUCCAAACCUAUAUAGAAAUAACAAUUAUCCCCCAAAACACCUGUCCAAGCAUAAAUCCCCAAAACUAUACUUUUUAACUCCCCCCAAAAAAAAAAAAACACACACUCUCUCUGUCUCUCUUUUUCUCUCUCUCUCAUUUAUGCUUCCUCAAUGGAUUUGAAAAUUGCAAAACAGUUGACAAGCAUGGAACAACAAGCAGCAACCAAACCAAGAACAACAAACUACCCACAAAUUCAUUUUAAUAAUAAUGAUAAAAAUACGAGCCCUCGAAAAUCGAUCCAAUUGACAAAAUGGAUUUCUGAUUUUGAUUGGCGUCUGUUAAUCUUACUAUUCACUUCUCUUUUCUUACUUCUCCUUUACUUCUUCUCUUAUGGUGAAAGUGAGACAAUUUCGUUCAACAAAAGGGAAGCUCAAGCUCUGGAUUUCGGCUCGAGUAGGAAGGACGAGUUGACUCGGUCGAGGAUUGCGGUGUGUUUGGUAGGUGGUGCGAGGAGAUUUGAACUCACUGGUCCUUCUAUUAUUGAACGAGUUUUAAACGAGUUCCCUAACUCGGACCUCUUUUUGAAUUCUCCGCUUGACUCCAACUCGUUUAAGUUGUCGUUGUUGAAGUUUGCUCCGCGAGUUAACUCGGUUAGGAUUUUUGAACCCACAAAUAUCCCUGAGACCGACUCACAGGUUCGCGUCCUCACUGCUGCUAACUCUCCCAAUGGAAUUCAGGGACUAUUACAAUAUUUCAACCUAGUAGAAGGAUGCCUAACAAUGAUUGAAGAUUAUCAAAGGGAGAAAGGAUUUACAUAUGAUUGGAUUGUUCGGAGCCGUGUUGAUGGCUAUUGGUCCGCCCCGCUAAGCUCAGACAGCUUUAUCCCAGGUCAAUAUGUGGUUCCACCAGGGUCCUCUUUCAAGGGCUUUAAUGAUAGGCUUGGCAUUGGGGAUUACAACACGUCCGUGGUGGCUCUGUCUCGUCUGUCACUCAUUCCCACCCUGGAAAACUUGAACUAUACUCAGCUGAAUUCUGAGACUGCUUUCAGAGCCCAACUUAUAUCCCAAAAUAUCUCUGUCCAGACUCCAGCACAGCCUUUUUGUAUUUUAUCAGAUCGCAAGUAUCCGUUCCCACCAGGCCGGUUUGAUGUGCCUGUUGCGGCCCUAUCAAGCCGUGGGCCUCUAAGUGGGGCCAAGUGCAGGCCUUGUACGCCUGUUUGUGCUGGGUCUUGUGUAGCUGAUGUUAUGCUUGGGCUUGCUAAAUGGUGGAGUUGGACUCCUUGGAAAGUUGACACACUUGAGCUUUGUGAUGGUCGUGGUGAGUGGGAAGUGGGUUGGGAAAAGAAGUUUGAUGCAGCUGCUGGGAAGAGACUGGCCCAAUUCAGGAAAAAGGUCAAGUCUUUAAAUGUGAAACAAUGUGUGAAGAAUUUUAUGCAGAUGAGAGGAAAGGCAGCUAAGUGGGAUACUCCACCCUUGGAAGAAAUUUGUAAACUUGGGUUACAGUCAAAACAGUGAUAGUGGGAUACUAUAAUUGAAAUACAGGAUAUAUGAUUCUUGUACAUAGAAAAAGGAGGAAAUUGUUUAUUGAGGGAAAAGGAGGAGAAAUUAUAGGAUCAUAAAAUGGUACAUUACCAAUAGAAAAUUAUUUUUGGAGGAUAUAAUAAAUGAGUUAUGGCAAUCUGUAAGGGAAUUACUAGACUUCCAUAAUUUUCAUUUAUUUUCGGCUCAUUUUCUGUUUUCCGGCAGCAAUGCUUAAUAAAGUGUAAUUGUCAUGUUUAUUGCUU